GGUGGAGCUCCGUUAUGCCAUUGUAUGAUUCAGAACAAAAUUUCACAAUGGCAAACUGCCAAGAAAUGGACGGAAUUGCACAAUCACCUUUCCUAAGGGCAGUACUGUGUAUUCAUACUAUAAGUUCGCUGCUUGGCUUACCUCUACUGGCAUUUCUUUUUCGUUGGACGUUGACUCGACAGCUUAUGCAUUAUAACACCAAAUUCAUUAUAAUUUUCAAUGUGACUUGUUUAGUUAUACAUUUGUUGGCCAGGCUUCAACAACAUCUCGGAACUCUCUACGACAUGCAUAUUGAACGUAAUAAUGGUUGUGAGAUUAUUCCAAACAUUAUGUACUGUUUUUACACUCGUCUACCUUACAACUGCGCGUUAUGGUUGUGCUACAGUAUGACUAUCAUCCUGUCCAUAGAGAGAUGUAUUGCUACCAGAGUUCUGCGCGACUACAACCGUAAUCGUGCUGUUGGACCAUUGCUCAUAGCUGCUCAGGUCAUGGUGACAUCAUUGCUGAUCACAGUUUUUUAUCUCCCAGUGAGAUUCACUGGAACAAUAUACUAUUGUAUGGCUAUGUCACCGGCUCGUAUGAUGUUUACAGUGAUACCUUUGUCAAUAUCAAUGCUGUUUCAAAGCAUAGCUAUAAUCACUUUUACUAAUCUGAGGGCAGUAAACAAGAGGUUACAACAAAGAUUAAGAGGCGCUGGUGAUUACGGCGGUCGAUAUCAAGUAGAAGAAACAUUGAGGUCCCUCAAUACCUUAGCACCUCUCUUUUACUCUUCAUGUAUUUUCAUACUCAUAUACCUCACUCUAAUGUGUACGACAAUGGCAUUCAGCCAAGAUCUCUCAAUGCCUGUUUUUCUAGCUACGAUUGAGGGUACCAACUGGAUACCUCAGUUAUGCGUAUUUCUGCCGUUACUAUUAUGGUAUCAAGAUAGGAAAGUGAACAAGAAGGUGAAAAAUCUUUUGAGCAUCGAGGUUGCAACCACUCCAGAACGAUACGAGGAGGAACUGCGGAAGAUGUGGAGAUGA